AUGGCCCGUCGCUCCCAGAGCUCCUCUCAGGGGGACAACCCACUGGCACCUGGUUACCUGCCACCUCAUUACAAGGAAUACUAUCGCCUGGCAGUGGAUGCACUGGCCGAGGGUGGGCCGGAGGCCUACAGCCGCUUCCUGGCAUCCGAGGGGGCACCUGACUUCCUGUGCCCUGAGGAAGUGGAACAUGUGAGCCGCCACCUGCGGCCCCCACAGCAUGUUGCCCGGGAGUCCCCCGAAGGCAGCCCUCCUGAUGUGGACAUGGAUGGCUCCUCAGGCACCUACUGGCCCGUGAACUCGGAUCAGGCUGUGCCUGAGCUUGACCUGGGCUGGCCCCUGACCUUCGGCUUCCAGGGCACGGAGGUAACCACACUGGUGCAGCCUCCACCGCCCGACAGCCCCAGCAUCAAGGACGAGGCUCGCAGGAUGAUCCGCUCUGCCCAACAGGUGGUGGCCGUGGUGAUGGACAUGUUCACCGACGUGGACCUGCUCAGCGAAGUGCUGGAGGCCGCCGCGCGCCGGGUCCCGGUCUACAUCCUGCUGGACGAGAUGAAUGCGCAGCACUUUCUGGACAUGGCCGACAAGUGCCGCGUCAACCUGCACCACGUGGACUUCCUGCGCGUGCGCACUGUGGCAGGCCCCACCUACUACUGCCGCACUGGGAAGUCCUUCAAGGGCCACGUGAAGGAGAAGUUCCUGCUGGUGGACUGCGCCGUGGUCAUGAGUGGGAGCUACAGCUUCAUGUGGUCCUUCGAGAAGAUCCACCGCAGCCUGGCGCACGUGUUCCAGGGCGAGCUGGUCUCCAGCUUUGACGAGGAGUUCCGCAUCCUCUUCGCGCAGUCCGAGCCGCUGGUGCCCUCGGCGGGGGCUCUGGCCCGCAUGGACGCCUACGCGCUGGCUCCCUACGCGGGGCCCGGGCCUCUCGUGGGUGUCCCCGGGCUCGGGGCGCCAACCCCCUUCUCCUUCCCUAAGCGAGCACACCUCCUGUUCCCACCGCCCCGGGAAGAGGGCCUGGGCUUCCCCUCCUUCCUCGACCCCGACCGCCACUUUCUGUCGGCCUUCCGCCGAGAGGAGCUGCCGCGGAUGCCCGGGGGCGCCCUGGAGCCGCACGCCGGGCUGCGGCCACUGUCGCGGCGGCUGGACGCCGAGGCAGGGCCGGGCGGGGAGCUCGCGGGCGCGCGCGGCUUCCUCCAGGCGCGGCACCUGGAGGUGGACGCCUUCAAGCGGCACAGCUACGCGGCCGCCGACGGUGCGGGCGCCGUGGAGAACUUCGCGGCCGCCAGGCAGGUGUCGCGGCAGACGUUCCUCAGCCACGGCGACGACUUCCGCUUCCAGACCAGCCACUUCCACCGCGAUCAGCUCUACCAGCAGCAUUACCAGUGGGACCCGCAGCUUGCGCCGGCGCGCCCGCAGGGCCUCUUCGAGAAGAUUCGCGCCGGCCGCCCCGGCUUCGCCGACCCCGAGGACUUCGCGCUGGGUGCCGGGCCGCGGUUCCCCGAGCUUGGGCCCGACGGGCACCAGCGGCUGGACUACGUGCCGUCCAGCGCGUCGCGCGAGGUGCGCCACGGCUCGGACCCCGCCUUCGGGCCCGGCGCCCGCGGCCUGGAACCCGGUGGGGGCCCCCGCCCCAACCUGGGCCAGCGCUUCCCGUGCCAGGCGGUGGCGAGGCCCGGCCUGGAUGCCGCGCCCGAGGCGGAGCCAGAGCGCAGGGGCGGGCCCGAGGGGCGGGCCGGGCUGCGGCACUGGCGCCUCGCCUCCUACCUGAGCGGAUGCCACGGCGAGGGUGCGGGCGACGAGGGCCUGCCCGCGCCCAUGGAGGCCGAGGUCUACGAAGACGACGUGCUGGCUCCCGGGGGCCGGGCGGCCGCUGGCGACCUGCUGCCCUCAGCCUUCCGCGUCCCUGCAGCCUUCCCAGCCAGGGGCCUGGUGGCAGGCGCCGGCAGUGGUGGCGGCGACGGCCCAGAGCGCGAGGGCUCUGAGGAGGCCGGCCUGGCCAAGCAGGACUCCUUCCGCUCGCGCCUCAACCCGCUCAUCCAGCGCAGUUCGCGGCUACGUUCCUCGCUCAUCUUCAGCGCGACGCAGGCCGAGGGCGCGGGCGGGGCCGCAGCGGCCGCCACCGAGAAAGUGCAGCUGCUGCACAAGGAGCAGACGGUCAGCGAGACGCUGGGUCCCGGCGGAGACGCCGUGCGCUCUGCCGCCUCUGCCAAAGUGGCCGAGCUCCUGGAGAAGUACAAGGGCCCGGCCCGUGACCCUGGCGGCACAGGGGGCGCAGUCACUCUCGCUAGCCACAGCAAGGCGGUCGCAACCCAGUCGUGGCGGGAAGAGGUUGGGGCGGGGGCAGAGCGCCGCAGCCUCGAAAGCUGCCUGCUCGACCUGCGCGACUCCUUCGCGCAGCGGCUGCACCAGGAGGCCGAGCGGCAGCCGGGCGCCGCCACGCUCACCGCCGCGCAGCUGCUCGAGACGCUGGGCCGCAGCGGCACCGACCGCCUGCCCUCCCGCUUCCUCCCUGCCCAGGGGCGCUCCACCUCCCCGCAAGGGCGGGACAGCCCCCCGCCGGAGGGGCCCGCGGCGCACCAGGCACCCCAUUCUGAGCCAAAAGGGAGCCCCAUCUCGGCCUACCCCGAGCGGAAGGGGAGCCCCACGCCUGGAUUUCCCACUCGCAGAGGCAGCCCAACUACAGGAUUUACUGAGCAGAAAGGGAGCCCCACCUCAGCCUACCCGGAGCGCAGGGGCAGCCCGGUGCCCCCCGUGCCCGAGCGCAGAGGCAGCCCGGUGCCCCCCGUGCCCGAGCGCAGGGGCAGCCUCACCUUUACCUUCUCCGGGGAGUCUCCGAAGCCUGGGCUCGCGGAGGAGGUGACAGGCGGCCCCAUGGAAGUCCUGCGCAAGGGCUCCCUGCGCCUCCGGCAGCUGCUGAGCCCGAAGGGCGAGCGGCGCGCGGAGGAUGAGGGCAGCCUCCCAGCACCGCAGGAGAACGGGCGGCCCGAGAGCCCCCGGCGGCCGUCGCUGGGUCGGGGCGACAGCGCGGAGGCUGCCGCAGGAGACGAGCGGGGCCCGCGGGCGCGUCUGUCCUCAGCCACGGCGAACGCCUUGUACAGCAGCAACCUGCGGGACGACACGAAGGCUAUUCUGGAGCAGAUCAGCGCCCACGGCCAGAAGCACCGUGGGGGCCCCACGCCGGGCCCCAGCCCGGCCCACAGCAGCCCCGACCUCGGUCGCCCGCCUACUUCUGGCGGCCUGGCCCCGGACAUGUCCGACAAGGACAAGUGUUCAGCCAUCUUCCGCUCGGACAGCCCGGGGACGCAGGGCCGGCUGAGCCGCACGCUGCCCGCCAGCGCCGAGGAGCGCGACCGGCUGCUGCGCCGCAUGGAGAGCAUGCGCAAGGAGAAGCGCGUCUACAGCCGCUUCGAGGUCUUCUGCAAAAAGGAGGAAGCCGGCGGCCCGGGCGCAGGGGAGGGCCUGGCGGAGGACGACAGUAGGGACAGCAAGGUGGGCAAGUUCAUGCCCAGGAUCCUGGGUACGUUCAAAGGCAAGAAGUGAGCCCCCUGGCCCACCAGCCCAGGCCAGCGGCCCGCAUCACUGCCGCCCCCACCCACAGCACCCUGCUGGGCAGGGAGCUUCGCGCCCCGUGUCUGAGUGGUGGCCCCUAGGCCCUCGUGCCGAAGCAGUUUGGGGCCCGGCUGAGCAUGGCCAGAGCUGGCUCCAGUUGCGGCUUACCCUGCCUCCGCCCUGGCCUCUUCUCCCCCGGGGCUCCGGCCCCGCACUGCCGGUGCCUUUCUCCCCCGACUCCCUUCUCAGCCCCUCAGCCUGCCCCUCCUCACGCGUCUGCCUCCACCGUCUCCUUGGACCUUCAUUCACCUCAGGGACCACCGUCUUCGUGCCUCAGCCCCGCCUUCUCUCAGGGCCUCCGUCGCCUCGGGGCUUCUGUUCUCAGGGUUUCCCUCUCUUCCUGUCUCCCGACAGCCCUGCACUUUCUCUCUCAGGCCCAGUCUACCACCUCUGUCUCCAUUGCUGGGGGCUCACUUUUGCGGGGAAGGCAGGCCUGGCCACAGGUAGUUUAUGAUGGAGGGGUGGACCUGGCCCAAAGGAUGCCACUCAGAGUGACGGAAGCUGGACAGGGAGGAUGCUGGGAAGGGGGGUUUCAGGGGACCCCUAAGGGGCUGCCCUACCGGCCCGAACUGAAGCUCGCUCGGCCAGAUCAGCCCACUCCUCCAGCAAGGCUCCUGUCAGUACCUGGUGAGAAGCAAGCAGUGGAGUACUGGGCUUUGUGGCACAAUAAAACACCGCCUGGAUAGACAACGUGUGGCCCAGCCUCAUGAAGUGUCCCCUGCACAGGCACUAUCCCAAGCCUUGUCCUAGAAAGAGGCUGGAUGUAGAGCACUUGUCCUUGAUAGGCAUGGGGCCACGUGAGGGCAGAGGACAGGGUGUGGUGUAGCCAAGAGGCACAGGUCCUGGGCACCCCUGCAGGCAGGAGUGGUCCUUGCCCUGUGUGCCCAGCAGACCCCGACUCCACCCUGAGCUUGGAUCCUCCUCUUUGUCACCAGCACGCAGAACCUGUCCAAGGUUCCCAGCUUGCCUUUCUUGUACCUUUUUUCACCUCCAGAAGAGUAAUUUUCGUUGAAUUGGAAUGACACAUUGUGGCACCAAAUGCUUAGAAAGUUCCCCACUAUUAGGUGCUAGCAUUAUGAAAUUACUGUUUCUGUAUUCUGUUAUUUCUUUUCAAGUAGGUUUUUUUUUAUUUAAGUAUAAAGAUGUCAAGAGAGAAAGGAUUUAAGAAAUGAAGUCACUAAGCAAAGGCAGCAUUUCUGACUCCAGCAGCGGGGGAGGGGUCGGCCCCACUCUCAGUCCUUGACAGCUCACUCUCUGGUUACCAAAGCCACCACCCAGGUGGACAUGACGGCAGGGACUUGACCAGGUGGAAAGGUGCCCUGGGAGCGGGAUGAGCUGUAGAGGUUCUCAGCCUUGAAUGUGCUGGCUAACGAGUCUGUUUGAGCGGGGCCUGGAGUGUCCCGGGUCUGCGCAUAAGGUUCCAGACCGUCUGCUAAGGGAAGACCCUGGGGGGGUGCGGCGUUCCGCCUGUGGAAGGGCAGGGGCUGGUUGCCCAGCCAGUGUCCCGUGGAGCCUACUCUGCACCCUCCACCUCUUGCUGAAUGAGAUCGCUCUUCAAACAUGAUGU